GCUCAAGCUCCCAAAAACAAAACUCUGCUGAAGUUGAGAAGGACGCGUUACACAACAGUAAUGAAAAAGACCUCCCGGUUAAAGAGACCAGUAACAAACAUGGCUUUAACGUCCUCCGACCUACAGGAACGACAGCCAUCCAGUCAUGUAUCCGAGCAACCCUGGACACUGAGAAGAGCCAAAAAGAGAGUGUGGGUCAGGAGAAUGUUGCCCCAUGCAGGAACGCUCAUUGUAACGUGUGGUCUGUUGACUCUCAAGAUGGUAUGGUUCCUGUGUGUAGCUCCUCACAACAAGAUUGUCUUCCAGACGCAGAUGAACUCCUACAAUCCUCAUCCCAUAAGCUCCCUGACAAUGAGCAAGAAUAUAGCAUCGAGACAAAUCCGCUUGAAGACAUUACACAAAUCAUUCCCUCUAUAAAUAAUAGCUCCUACCUGAAGAGAACCUGGAACGAGUCCAUUUGGUCCGUGGAGUCUCUGGCCCCCUUCAUCCCCACCAAGGAGUGGUUACAGCGUGACGACCUGUUGGCAGCCGAUGUGAUCGUGGAGCAAGCCGAGAACGACAACCCCAUUGUCAAAUCUUCCCCCACUAAAGAGGACAAAAAUAGGUCUUCUGAACCUGAGGCUAAUCGAAGCCCAAACCAGGACAUUUUAAAUAAGCAGCUGCAGGAGAAAAGAACCAGCCCUCCUCAGCAGGAAGAGAGUCUGAACUUGAACUCUAUUGGGAAGACGUGCGCAAGAAAGCUGAAUCUACAAAAUGGAGCGGGCAUCGAGGUGGAAGAUGGAGCACUUGGGAACGAAGAAGUUAGUCUGCUUGGAAAAGAGCAGCUGGGCGUCCCGAUGGCUGAUCAGAAGACGGCAGAAGUGUCUCCAUCGAAGGUGGACUUUGGAGUCCAGUGUAAUGAGUUCCAGGAGCACAAGUGUGCCUGUGAAGAAAGAAGGUGCAGCAUGGGACCAAACGGGAAUCAGCCUUUUACAUAUUCUGAAAAUAAGAAUGGGAACUAUAGACAAGGAGAAGGACCAAUCAUGAGGGGACAAACCCAGAAGAACCAGAGGAAACAAGGCUACAGGAAGCCCAGGGGUCAAGGCGGCAGCCAGCAUGAGGCCUACAGUGGAUACUAUGGCAAACCUGGGAAACACCAAGGUGGAAAUGGACGUAAUCCACCGUACUGAGCACUGCAUUCUCUUCAACAACUCUUGUUUUUAAACAAAUGUAAUAUUAAAAUGUAUUUAUAAUUACAAAUGUAAUGUCAUAUUUUUCAAUAAAUGUUUU